AUGUAAAGUUCUAAUUAUUAAAGUCUUUCAGAAAAGAACCCUGUUUCGGUUCUUCUACAUCAUUGUCUUUUUAAAAUAUUCGGCAAUGAGGUAAAUUCAGAAAAUCGCGUCGGACGCAUGCAAUUAUAAAGUGCUGUUUACAUUUUUUAGUGUAAAUGAAUUUCAAAACUAACUUGCUUUUUGAACACAAAAUUAGACUGCGAAUUCCUUGUAUACAUGAUAUUGUUGCUAUAUGACAUGUCGGGUUGGUGCCACUUGUUUUGUCUCCAGAGUACCUAGUGAAGCUUGACUUAGAGACAAUUCUCGUUCGCAUGGAAAUCGGUAUUAUAAUAUUUAUUGCAAAAUUGUAUAUGCAUUUGUGUACCAUACUUAUUACAAUGUGAAUAAAGUGUUCAUGAAUUGGAACUCUGCAAUUAUGAACCAAUCAUCGGAACGAUUAAUGUCUGCAAAAUGAGAUCACAGAGUCAGAGCAACACAUUUCAAAUUUCCGAAGAAGUGAUAAUUUACGAUGGAAAUUGAAUAUUUAAUGAACUUCACGUCUCCUACAGGAUAUUAAUUAAUGACGAUUAGAAGACAACAAUAGAUAAAGCAUCAAGUAAAAGAACAUAUAUCUCCCACAAACAAGAAACCAAUAAAUACGUAUGUGGUAUAAUUUUAGAUUGUUUCUGACAAGCUUCUAUCUAUCAUCUUAGUUUAGCUUUUUCCAUGCUAGAACGAAACUUGCAGAAAAUUACGAUAGAAUCGUUGCUAACAUAACAGGCUAUUGGUUACCACUAGCUGUGUCGUCGCAUACAUAUUUCUGGAUUGUUAUUUGACUUUUUCUUACUUGGAAGACAACCUAAAGAUAGACUAAGUACGUUCAAGUAACAAAAUGGCCGGAAGAAAGCCAGAAAUCCCCGAAGGCUACCUUGGGCCCCAGGAAAAAUGGAAUGAACUUGGACUUAAAUCCAUGACACAUCCGAAUCCAGAGAUUAUUGCACGGGAUAAUCAUUUGAAAAUUGAAAUAGGGUCGUCGAUGACACAUAUCAAAUUUACAUACCAACUUAUCCACUGCAUCUCUGAAAAGGAAUAUUCAGAAUAUGUCUUUGCUCAGAUGAAAGAAGGCAUAAUCCAUGUAUUGGUUCAUAUGCCAGAAACAGGCUAUUAUAAACUUCAGUUGUAUGCACUGCCAUCAGCCGAUGAAAGUAAAUCUCUUCCAAACGUAUUCAACUAUCUGAUUCGUUGUACAACCGCAGCCCAGACGGUCCAUCCGUUUCCAAAGCACUAUGCUCAAUGGAAGGACGGAUGCUUUCUACAUGAGCCACUAGUCUUGCACUCCAACAGCAAUCUGACGAACAUCAACUGGCGCGUCAAUGUACCCCAUGCCAAUGGAGUAGCCGUCGUUGUUGAUGAAGAGUGGUUCCAUUUUGAAAACCGGGGAGGUCCUGUCUGGGUAGCAAAAUUUAGCUUGGAUAAAUACCGAGGGUCAAAUUCUAAAGUAAAACUUUCAGCCAAUUUUCAAGGAGAUGAGGAGAGUAAAUUUUCUACUAUGCUCGAGUUCACCAUUUAAAUGUGAUUUGCUUUAAAUUUGACAUUAACUUGACAAUACUUGAAUGCUUUUACAAUAAAAGGGGCUUCUGGAUUUCCAAUAACAACUUUUAAUUGGUAUUUAAAAUUGCUCUUCACGCUGCAGCUUGCAUGAUAGGAUUUUAACUGUUGGUAACGAAGAUUUGAAGUGCUCUACUUUACUUUGGACCAAUUUCAUAUGGCAUCUGAUAUAUGUUAUCUCUAGAUAUCUAGAUAUAAAUAAAGCAUACUUCGCAGA